CGACCAGAGGAGAGCACGCCCUUCAAUGUGCUUCAUUCAGCAGCGCUGCACGGAACUCAGUCGGGAUGAAUGUCUCUAAAGAAGUGUGUUUUUGGUUUUGAGGGAAAAAUAACUUUGUUCAGCUUCCCGAUGAACCCAGAGUUAUGUAAACAGUGGAUGCCGUUUGGUUCCCCGGGGCAGCAGGGAGUUUCACAAGUGUAUUUGUUGACAACGUUUUAUAAACAAGGCCCAGUUCUAUGCUGGAUAUACAUUUCGUUUGAUACUGAAGGAUGGAGCGGUCCCAGCGACAAAAGAUCCCGGUCAUGAUUCAGAACUGCAGACGGGGAUGAUCCAUCGUCCCUGAGUCUGCUGUACACAGAUAAACAACUAGAAGACAGAUACGUUUUUAGACCACCAAAUUAAGGAUCGCUCCACCCUCUUCAAGGUCUUCAAGGUCUACCCGGAGGUUUCCAAACAUGCUAAGAAUUUGAGUGCCUUUCGGAAUCAAGUCCACCUCAAGGAUCUCGUCGACAAGACAACAUUUUAAACAGAGAGAAACUUAAUGGAUCAAUGUGUUGUUAGCCAGCUGGGAUAUUCUGAGUGUGUGAACUUUGGGGUCUUGUGAAUGGGGUCCUGUCUUUUAUUAGGCUACCGAAGUACAAUUAAUAAAACUUAACUGUUUACAUCGUUUCUGAAUGAUGUUCUAAUAAAAUGUGAAAUAGGCUACUACUAAUAAAUGAUCAAUUUUAAUAGAUGUUCUUUGCAUUUACGUUCUGUGCACUUGCCAGUUUCCGUCGCGAUUUCAACACGCGAAUUCGAAAGUAAAACUAUAACUUUUCCGUUGCCUGGCGAAGUUGGACGUGCUAGCCUAUAUUAGUUUGAAACGGAGGUAAUUAAUCGCCAAUAAGACUGCUUUGACCUCUACGAAUUGUAUCUUACCAGAAGACCGACUUGCAGCUGAGACACGUUUUCAAAAGCCUCCUGUACAAACCAGCUGUCCGCUCCUUAUACAGCAUGAAGAAUCCAGGAGCUCUCACAGCCGAGAAACCUGAAUCUGCCAACAGGAGCGAAGUCCAAUAUAACGGCCUGAAAAAUCAAGGUGCCACCUGCUACUUAAAUGCAGUAUUGCAAUGUCUAUUCAUGACCCCAGAAUUCAGAGAAGCAGUGGUGAGUUAUGAAGCCCUUGGAGAUUGUGGUGAGGAAAAUAUCUUGCUACAACUUAAGAAGCUGUUUGAACAGCUGUCAGGCAAAACAGCCACAACUGAAGGAAUAACCAAGAGUCUUGGAGUAAGAAAUGUUUUUGAGCAACAAGAUGCAGUGGAGUAUUAUCGGAAGAUUUUGAAAGCAAUGGGGACACACGCCUCUAAGGUCUUUGAAGGGAUAAUGAGCAACAUAACAAGAUGCUGUAAAUGUAGCAAGGAAACCAGAGAAACCAACACCUUCAUCUCAAUACUUCUGUCUAUUGAUGUUGGAAAUGAUGAGAAGUAUGAUGUGGAAAAUGGUCUGAAAACCUUCUUUAAACAUUCAAAACUUGAAGAGGAUGACUGGAUGUACUGUGAUGAAUGUGACCAAAAAACAGAGACAGAAACUUGGAGUGAAAUAGAUGAAUAUCCCACUGUUUUAACUCUGCAUCUGAAGAGGUUUGACUUUGAUUAUGUACAGAUGAGAUACAAGAAGAAUGAAUGUUGUCUGGAUGUACCUCCAAGUCUACGCAAUGGGGAUAAUAGGCCUAAAUAUGAUCUUUAUGCUGUUAUCAACCAUAAGGGUGGAUACACUGGUGGACACUACGAUGCAAUCAUCAGAUCUAAUGAAAACGGAAUAUGGUACCAUUUUGAUGACUACACCGUAACACAGACUUCAGAAGCAUCACUGAAAAACUCACACCUACCAUACAUGCUGAUGUACAGAAAAGCGGUGUUCAGUCCUGACAGCGUUCCACAUCCGAUGAGGAUCCUUCUAAUAGGGCCUUCCAGAGCUGGGAAAAGUGCAGUAGGCAACAUCAUCCUUGGUGGAAAUUACUUUACUUGUGGAAGUGGAUCAGAGACUGUGACCAAAGUAUCCAUGGCAAAGACAGUGGGAAAGAUCACUGUAGUGGACACUCCAAAUCUCUUUUUCCUCAAUGAACUGAGUUGGAGGCAUGAAAUGGAAAGAUGCAUUGAGCUAUGUGACCCUGGCCCCAAUGUGAUUCUCUGGGUCACACCAAUAUGUAAAUUUAGUGAACAACAACAAGGUCUUUUCCAUGCCUUCAGAAAACGACUAGAUUCAGAAAUAACAAAACAUAUGAUGAUUAUCUUCACAAAUGGCAGAGAGCUUAAAAAACUUGGGCAAACCAUUAACACAUUUAUUUCCAAACCCAGCAAACUUUGUAAAGUGGUUGGCAGUUGUCAGGACAGGUACCAUGUCCUUGACAUCACUAAUGGCCACAGUUACACCCCAGAACUGCUUGAAAAUCUCAGCAAUAUGGUGAAAACAGAGUAUACUGCCAUUUCAAAAAGACAAUUAAAGCGCUGUACUAGAAGGAAAAAGUUCUUAAGAAGAAGAAAAAUCUAUAAAACAUUGAAGAUGUUAAAAAAAGAGAUAAAAUAACUGAAAAGAAACAGUGCACAAAGGAGAAGAUGAAAUAUUCUGGAAGAUGGUGAAUCACUGAAUAUUUCGAAUGUUAUCUUAUUUUUAGUUUUCACUUACAUAUUUUUGAAAUGAUUUGAGUUAGUCAAGCUUUUUAUUUUCCAUGCUAUUUUUGUUGUUGUACAUAAUUUAAAAAAAAAGAUAGACAAAUUAAGUUCUUGAAGAAUGCUGAUAUUAAAAUGAACAUCACAAUUUAAUAAAGCACUUUCUGAAAAUUGAAAAAAAAAAUGGCAAUUGAAAAUAAACAACAUAAAUGAAACUACAUGAA